GAUGCAGGGGCUGAUUUCAUCAUUACACAGCUAUUCUUUAAAGCUGAAACAUUCCUGAAGUACAUCAAAGAUUGCAGGAAAAUAGGGAUUAAUGUCCCAAUCAUACCUGGCAUAUUGCCAAUUCAGGUUGGUCUUUAAAUAUAUUUUCUUUAAAAGUCUCAUCUCUAAGACUGCUUCAGAUCUGUCCCAGGAAGGGUACAAAAAAAAAAGAAUAAACUGAAAAAGAAUGUGGACAUAAGCUAGAGUUCUUCCACAGACUUAAUUUGCACCCUUAUUCUACAUCACAUAGACUUAAAAAGAAAUUAAGAUUACAUUUCUGAUUUUACUAUUAUUACAAGAACCUUGCCAUAAGCUAUGUUGGUUGAGGAUGUGAGGUGCAAAAUUUUUCAGUACUCAAAAUGUAAAAAUUCAUUUUUAUUUUUUUUAAAUGUAAUGCCUUUAGACCAUAAUGUGAAAAUUUAAGUUCUUCUUCUAUCCAACAAGGCCUACCAGUCUCUGCGACACAUUGUCAAACUGUCAAAACUUGAAGUGCCACCAGAAAUCUUAAAUGCCAUUCAGCCAUUCAAAGACAAUGACGAGGCCAUCAGAAAAUAUGGCAUUGACCAGUCUGUUGAGAUGUGCAAAACACUUCUCAACGCUGGUGUCUACGGCCUUCAUUUCUACACCCUCAAUCGGGAGGUUGCGGUCAAAGAGGUCCUCAAACGAUUGGGUUUGUGGUCAGAAAAUGUUCACAGACCCUUACCCUGGAAACAGAGUGCGAACCACACCAGAUGUGAUGAGGAAGUGCGACCCAUUUUCUGGCGGUGUCGACCCAACAGCUACGUGUAUCGCACUUCCGAAUGGGAUGAGUUCCCCAACGGUCGGUGGGGAGACUCGCGUGCGGCAACCUUCAAUGACUUGAAAUACUAC